UCGAUGCAUGCUGAUGCCACGCCAAAAUCCGACCGGUACGUGCACACACGAGUAAAGACCCUAAUGUCCGAGCCUCCGAAGUGCUGCAUCUGCCUGGACGAGUUCACCAGCCCUGCUCUCCUGCCCUGUGGACACUGCUUCUGCCUGGGAUGUAUCGGCGAAUAUUGGAGGAUCCACGGGGCCUGUCAGUGCCCACUCUGCAAGGCCAUUUUCCCCACGAGGCCGCCGCUCAUAACGGCCCAAACGCCACAUGCUGGUGCCCCGACCGAGGAGGCGGCCGUGCCUUUAAAAGCUGGGGAGGUUCCCUGUGAUCUCUGCCCAACGAAGCGUAGGGCGGUCAAGUCCUGCCUGGUGUGCCUGGCCUCCUACUGCGCCACUCAUCUGGAGCCACACUACCGGAGAGAAGCUCUUGGGCGCCAUCUCCUGAUCAGUGUGGGGAAGAACCUGGAGGACUCCGUGUGUAGGCUGCAUGGGAGGCAGUUGAACAAGUUCUGCAGGAGCGACCAAACGUGCAUCUGUGCCAUGUGCGCCCAGUCCGAACACAGGGGCCAUCACAUUAUCUCUGUCAGCAGGGAGGCUACAAAGAAGAAGGUUAAACUGAAAUGGAGAAGGAUGAAACUUCAGCAAGCCAUUCAAGAGAGACUGAGUAAAGUUGAGAAAAUCAAGCUCUCCGUAAAUCCAAAAGAGUCAAGGGCUCAAAACAAAGAGCUCAUCGGACAACUGGAGGAAGAAAUCUCGGAGCUGCAGAGCCGAAGCGCUGAGCUGGAGCAGCUCUCGCAGACUGAAGACGACCUCCACUUCCUACAGACAUUUACAGCUUGGACGGACACCUUCAAAUGACACCUUCAAGAUAUAUUUGUGGGAGAAUAAACAAAUAUCUCACCAAUAUAUACCGAUAGACUUCCUGGUGGAGGUAAUAGUUUGGGACAUAACCUCCCGAAAAUGGCAAAUUGGCCUUUUUACGCAUCUUUUUUUGUGGGGAAUAAA